AUGGGUGCGCACGUCCUUGCGCGCGGCAUACAAAACUCAAAAGAAAACGUGACACGUUUUAUCGUCGCAACGACCGACGCGCGCAGCGCAGCCGUGGCUGGGCUGCUGAAUGCGAGCCGCAAGGAGCGGUGGACUCCCCAGUAUUUGAGCCGCACGCUCUAUCGUAUUGUGUCCGAGACGGACCUUGGUUCGACGCUGGCGGCGGCGCUUUCGCAGCCCCUCCACGGCUGGCAGCUGGCCUCGGCGGUGCAUUCUGUGCCUACGCCAGAAGUGCACACCUUCCUGCUGGAGAUGGAGGCCACGGAAAAUGAUACCUUAUCAAUACCCACAGCGCCGACCGAGCCGCUCCGCUCGCUCCUGGCGUCUCUUAGUGUGGAUGUGCGCCUUGCGUGCCUCGGCACUUGGCGUGCGCCUGCGUAUCCCCGUAAAUAG